AUGGCGCCGGAAACAGUGUGUGUUACCGGAGCUGGAGGGUUUGCUGCCUCCUGGGUUGUCAAGCUUCUACUGUCCAACAACUAUGUCGUCCACGGAACCGUCAGACAACCAGGAGAUAGCAAGUAUGAUCUCCUGAACAAGCUGGACAGAGCAUCAGAGAACCUGAAGCUGUUCAAGGCAGAUUUGCUGGAUUAUAAUUCACUAAGGUUGGCGGUUUCAGGGUGCAGUGGUGUGUUCCAUGUUGCCAGUCCUGUACCUUUUCCAACUACCAUAACAGAUCCGGAAGCACAACUGCUUGAACCAGCUGUGAAGGGAACACUUAAUGUUUUGAAAGCUUGCGUAGAGGCCAAGGUGAAGAGAGUUGUUGUUGUGUCCUCAAUAGCUGCUGUUGUGAAGAACCCGAACUGGCCGAAGGAUCAAGUGAAAGACGAGAGCUGUUGGUCUGAUGUUGAAUAUGUUAAGUCCAGUAAGGAUUGGUAUUAUCUUUCCAAAACUCAAGCAGAAGCUGCAGCUUUGGAGUUUGGAAGAAGCACUAGCGGACUUGAGGUUGUAACUGUUUGUCCUUCUGUUAUUUUGGGGCCAUUGUUGCAAUCAACUAUGAAUACUAGUAGCUGGCUCCUGCCUUCAGUAUUCAAAGGUGGAUUUGAGAAGGCGAGAUACAAUUACUGGACGUUGGUGGAUGCCCGCGAUUUAGCUGCUGCACUGCUUCUUGUAUACAAGAAAUCUGAGGCUGGAGAAAGAUACAUAUGCACAGCACAUGCAAUCGGGGUUGAAGAAGUAGUAGAGAAAUACUUGAAGAUUUCACAUCCUAACUACAACUAUUCUCCCGAGUACGAAGAAGAAGAGAAACUGAGUUCGGAAAAAUUGCAGAGAUUGGGUUGGACUUACCGGCCACUAGGGGAAACUCUUAUUGAUUCCAUUCAAAGCUACCAGAAGAUUGGAGUCUUGGACUAA